AUGCACAUCCAAAACAUCCCUCAAAACCUCAACACACGAUUUCCUUUUCUUCUUCCCUCUUCUCCUCGUCCCCGCCAGCCAACGAAACCACGACAACCUCGACCAACGCCGAUAACAAUGCCUCCCAAAGGAAAGAAAGUCGCGGCCGCCCCCUUCCCCCAGGGAAAGGCUGGCUCUAAGAAGGCUCCCAAGAAUCCUCUUAUCGAGAAGCGCCCCCGCAACUUCGGCAUUGGCCAGGAUAUCCAACCAAAGCGCAACCUUUCGCGCAUGGUGAAAUGGCCUGAAUACGUCCGUCUCCAGCGCCAAAAGAAAAUCUUGAACCUCCGCCUCAAGGUCCCUCCCGCGAUCGCCCAAUUCCAAAACACUCUGGACCGCAACACCGCCGCCCAAGCCUUCAAGCUUCUGAACAAAUACCGCCCAGAAUCCAAGGCUGAGAAGAAGGAACGUCUCCUCAAGGAGGCCUCCGCUAUCGAGGCCGGCAAGAAAAAAGAGGACGUCAGCAAGAAGCCAUAUGCUGUGAAGUACGGUCUUAACCACGUUGUCGGCCUCAUUGAGAACAAGAAAGCUUCUCUCGUUCUCAUUCCCAACGAUGUUGAUCCUAUUGAACUCGUCGUCUUCCUUCCCGCCCUGUGCCGCAAGAUGGGUGUUCCAUAUGCCAUUAUCAAGGGCAAGGCUAGACUCGGAACUGUCGUCCACAAGAAGACUGCCGCCGUCCUUGCUCUGACUGAAGUCCGCUCUGAAGACAAAACUGAGCUCUCUAAGCUUAUCUCAGCCAUCAAGGAGGGAUACAGCGAUAAGUACGAGGAGAGCAAGCGCCACUGGGGUGGAGGUAUUAUGGGUGCCAAGGCCAAUGCCAGACAGACCAAGAGACGCAAGGCCGCCGAGAAUGCCAUCAAGCUCUAA